AUGAAAAUGACCCAGCAAAUACCAAGUAACAUGUCAGAUUUUUAUCCGGGAGUCGGCCAACAGCCCAGCCGUGCAGCAACAGAGCCUCUCGAUACAUGGAAAGCAGGAAUCUUGAAGAUUGCCUCUAACGAGAGGUUAGGGCCGACUUUUUCCAACGAUGAUACGAAAAUUCUUAUGAAGGAAAUUGAGGAAGUCUUCUACUUAGGAACAGGAGAGAUGAAGACCGCAGACCCGAGUGAAGGAAUAGGUGAAGAAUCGGGGGCUGAAGACCAAAACAGAAAGGUUGAGAAAUUGGAAAAUAUCCUUCGUGCCUUGGCUCAACUAUGGUGGAUUGAUUCCACUCAAUUCGAUAUUGCAACAGAGAUACUAGCAGACGGAAGCCGAGACUAUAAGUGGCGAGCUCCACUAGGGAAGUCAGGUGUCGUAAAUUUCUACCUCGAAAUUCUCAGUUGUCACGAACUACGACAUCCACUCAAGAAGCAUGUCCUGCGCCUUUUAGGGAACUCUUGUGCUGAUCUAGAUGAAAACCGAGAGCUUAUAGCAUCAUCUGUCAAUUAUUUACCUUCAAUUAUUCUACAACUUAAAGAUUCCACCGUCCUCCCCUAUACGCUGCCGGUAUUGUUUAACAUAUGUGUUGAUUAUGAGCCAAUGCAACAACUAGCCUCUAAAUCUUUCCUUACAAGAGAAUUGAUUAAAUUAAUAUCUACCCCAACCCACGACAGAUCAUUUCCACUGGUAGAAUAUACAGGAAGAAUCUUGGCUUUACUAGCCUCACAACCUUCGGAGGUCGAGCACGCUCCAGAUGAUACAGCUAUUGUUCUCGUUAAUAUCGCUUCCAAUCAUGACACAUCAAUUGAUUUAGAAACUUACAUUUCUCUCGUUAACACAGCACUCUCGUACCUUCAACACAAAAAGUUUCAAAAAGCACUAUUACUCCAAGAAGGGGCCCUCAAUACUAUAAUCACAAUCUUGGUUGACUCUUACUCACGAUUUGAAAUCCAAACAGCAGAAUCGACAUUAAACGAAAACGAUGACGUCAAGGCCCUCACAUCUAUGAUAACUGCUCUGAACCAGGUACUAUCAGAUAUUUCUGCUCUUCACGAAUUCCAAGACAUCUAUCCGGUUUCUUCAAAAUUAUGUAGGACUCUUCAAAGUUGGCUCCUACCUUCAACAAAACAAGUUCACCUAAAAGUCUGUGCAUGUAUUAUGUUGGGUAAUCUCGCUAGAUUAGAUGCCACCUGUAUAGAAUGUGUUCAAGCUGUUCAGAUACACAAACCUCUAAUUGAUAUCGUCUUUCAUGCAAAAUCAACCCAGCUCCUCCAUGCUGCCCUAGGUUUCCUUAAAAACCUUGCGAUCCCGACUCAAAAUAAAAAUACACUUGGAGAGGCUGAUAUAUUUGAAGCUCUUUCCAGAAUCUGGUUUAUGGACACGAUUCCACAGGUUCAAUUUGUUUCCAUUAGUCUUGGACGCCUAUUAACUGCAGGCUCAUUAGAAAAUGUACGGCGAAUUACCCAGGAUUGCUCAGACAAGGAGAGUGGCAUACUAUUAUCUCCUCUCGUUAAUUUAUUCGAAAAAACUGAAGAAGAACCAAUAAAGAUGGAGAUUGCACGUUUAUCUACCUCAAUAUGCCGAGUUCUCUAUUUAAAUUCCGUGCAAUUUAGGGGUCAGAUCGAGCCAAUUCGUAUUAAAUUCCUCCAUAAGAAUCCAAAGAUUGGACUUCAACUUGGAUUUGUAGUUUCACAGACAAAGUGGCCCGCUGUUCGAAGUGAAGGAUGGUUCGUCUUUGCCUUGAUGGCACGAUCUCCCGAGGGCGCAGAAAUUGUUUCUCAAGUCGUUAGCGAUCCCUCUGUUUUCCAACCACUUGUAGAAUUGCUUACAGGAGAUCCGAUCACCGGUAUUAUUCCUACAUCACCUACAGCUAAGAUUCUCAAUUCAGAACUGGUCGAUUGUCAAGAGCUUGUCCCAAAGCCUGUGAGGCCACAAGACCAAGCGGAUGAAUUAUCACGAGCAGACCGCGAGAAUGCUCUAGUACUAAUUGGUGAAAUGCUCAAAAAUUAUGGCAGUCAUAUGGCAGUGCCGUGCAAGACAACUUUUAAGGAUCUUUUAAAUAGUGGUGGAGAUUAUCUUCUUAGUCAUCAGCACGGUAGGACUGAAACGAGAUCCGCAUAA